AUGACAGAAGAGGCUGUCCCUAUCUCAUAUGUCCCUGCACAGGAGAUGCGGUGCAUUUUACACUGGUUCUCACAAUGGACAGAAACACAGCGCAAACACUUUCUCCAGGAUUUGCUGUGCAAAGCUGUGCCUGGCAAAUUGUGUCUUCUGCUUGAUGGACUGGACUCCCUGAACCUCUCUGCUCCACCCCCCAGCCUAUUUCAGUGCCAGAUAAGACUCUGGGAUCAGUGGUUCCAGAGCUGGGAUGAGGAUGAAAGGAAUGAAUUUAUACGCCGUUUGCAACAGCUAGACCCAGAUUUUGUGGCACUGUUCUAUAAGGAGAUGAGUGGAACAGCAAGCAAGGACUGA